UUUAAUGAUUGACAGGCAGGAGAAAUGCAGGUGGCCAGGCAGAGGAUCCUGGCUUCUGAACAGCAGGUCGACGCGGGGUUUCCCCUUGGGGAUUGCAGGGCUGCCUGAAGUUGGGGCGUUGGCUGAGCCUUCGGGGGACCAGUCCUUUCAGAAUUCCCUGGAUAGGGCUGGCAAGGGGACUCUGGCUUCCUCCAAGCCAGAGGAAGCAAACCAGCGGCAUUUUGGGUUUCCUCCAGCCUCGGCUGUCUCAAGGGGAGCUUUGGGCCAUCCUCUGGCACGGACCUGUGAGGCCGAACCAGCGACUGGGGAUGCAGGGAGAAGCUGUGACCUUGGAUCUCUGCCCGGACGAGCAGAGGUGCCACAGAUGGUCUGGAGAGCUGGUGAUGCCAGCAAGUGCCGUUUGCAACCUUUGCACAGUGACAAUGGAAAAACAGAUUAGGGAGGAGCAGGCCUGGCACCUGCAGAAGGCCCUUCAGGACUGCGUCUUCCGCUUCCAGGACUGGCUCUGGACGGCCGAGAUGACGGCUGCCUCCCCCAGGUCCUCGCAGGUCUCCUAUGCCGACUCCAAAAAAGAGCUGCAGAAGUUCUGGGCCCUGCAAAAGGAGAUCUCAGAGAAGGCGUGGCCUUUGGCGUCCUUGAACAGGCAGUACCACCAGCUGGCGUGGAUGGGCAGCGUCCGCCCACUCCUGCGGUCCUCCCUGCAGGACGUCAGUUGGCGUUGGGAGGAACUGCAGAAUCGAGUCGCUGCUAUUUCCAGGAGACUGCAGCAUUUUGUCAAUCAAUGGGAGGAGUUUGGAGAGGAGAAGGCGACCGCCCAGGUGUGGCUGAUGGAGCUGGACCUGCGGCUCACCGAGGUUGAGCACUUCUCGGGAGGGACGUCGCUUGAGAAAAUGAUACAGCUGCAGGCGUUCCAGCAAGAUGUCCGGGCCAAUGCGGAGCACGUGGAUCGCCUCCUGGUGCAUGCGGAGAGCUUGAUCCAGAAGAGCCAGCCGGAGGAUGCUGCGAUCUUGGAGGAGGACCUGAAGGAGCUGAUCGGCUUCCACCAGGCCGUCUUCUCCAGGGUUUUCCAAUUCCAGCGGCGGCUGGUCAGCCUGAGGCUGGUCUUUGAGGACGAGUGGGAAUCGGAUCGGGACAGUGACUUGGAGUCCGACUGCUUCACGGAGGGAUCCCCGCAGUUUCGCAUGGGCGACCCUGAGCCCGCUGCCCUGGUUCCUGGGGCUCCUCUGUGCCAAUCCACCCCGCAGCCCGUCCUGCAUUGCAAACAGCUGGCUCCCGGCAGAGACCCCUUGGCUGCAGACCUGGAAUGGGACCCUUCGGUGGACGUGGGGGGAUCCUCAUCGCACGACGAAGACUCGUCGUAUUGCAGCGCCGUCCUGGGCUUUAGCCAGGUAGACAAUCUCCGCCGAAGGUGCCGUUCCUUGUGCCGAAGCUGUGGCAAACCAGAAGAAUUUGCUGUGCAGAGCAGCCUCCAAGAGGAAUGGGAACUGGGCAGCUGCUCAGGGGCCGACCCGAUGCAAACAGAUAUUCCUGGAAAUUUCCCUCCCCAGGAGCAAAGAGCCAGUCAGCUGCUGAGGAAAGGGGUCUGCUGCCAGCACAUCAAAGCCACGGGGUUCGAUCCCAAACGUAUCGAGACCUGGCUGGACCAGAACUGCCGGAACAAGAUGGGAGCGCAGCCAGAGAUAAAAGAGCCCUGCCUCAUUCUGCCAGGUGCAACGGAAAGGCGAGCGAUGCGUGGCAAAACUUUGCAGGGUGUCGGAGCCCGCCUGGAUGUGCCCCCCCCAGCCAGGGAGCUGCAGCUCCCCCUGCGAAUCCAGACAAGGAGGCAGAAGUUUCAGCGCUGGCCCAAGAAGAAAGUCAAACAGAGCUUCCUCAGCAGCCAGCCUUCCUUGGAGAAGGGUCAGCGGAUCUCCAAGAAGACCCUGCUAAAUUCCCAGUCAGCAGAAAUUAUAGUUUCUAUUGGGAAAGAAUGUGAUCCACGGCGGCCCUCGGCGAUUUCUGCUCAGACCCAGAAGCUCUGCAGAGCAUCCGCCCUCUGGCUGCUCCUGACUGCUGCUUUUGUGGCGUUGGCGUUGUUACUGGCCAGGUCCUCUUUUCUCCCCAUCUCUGAGCCCCCCUGUCUCCAGACGAACGGCUUUGCCAAGUCGUUCCACCUCAUGCUAAAACACGCUGGCCCACCCCCCACUUAGUAGAAAAGGUUGUAGAACGGGGACACCGUGAUAAUCAAAGCUCAGGACUCCUGCGGAAGAAAACGAGCUCACGCGAGUCGCAUCAGCUGCUUCUGGAAGCGGGGUUAUGGCGCCUGCUCCGAGGCAGGUUCCAGGUCAGACCUAGCAGGUACCUUUGCAACCACGUGAAGAUAGUCUAUUAGGAUUUAAAUUGGUUGGGCCAUCCUGGAGCAGUCCUCUUGCGAAGGUUGGGAUCACCUUUUCACAGAAAUCGGUGGUGGAACAGCCAGGAUGUCUUCCUGUGGCCGUGAGCUGCUCAGGUCACGCCUGCUGACAUUCUAGAGAGGAGCUUGCAGAGCAAGCCCAGCAACGCCUGCCCCGCCUUUGGCAUGUUCCUCUGGGGCCCAGUCUUGGCUUGGGUGGCUACUGGCCAGGUCCCCUUUUCUCCCCAUCUCUGAGCACCCCCGUCUCCAGACAAACGGCUUUGCCAAAUCGUUCCGCCUCAUGCUAAAAUAUGAUGGCCCACCCCCACUUAGAAAGGAUUGUAGUCUUGGGUUAUUUGCAGCUUUGGAAGAUGGGCAUUUUUGUACAAGGGCUACCUAUUUCAUACCUUUGGUACCAGCCAUUUUCUAAUAGAGAAGAGAAAAAGGAGGCCCGACUGAGACGGCACUGUCACACUUCGAUCCUCAAGGCCCCAUCUACCCUGAAAGCUUUCCCUGAAUAUUCUGUUUGUCUGAAAACCUAAAGAUGUUAGGGAAACUGGCUACAAUGGCUUAAUUUGUCCAAAACAACCCUAGCUGUGAAGGGAGCAGAAGAAAGCGGAGGCUUUGAGGACCCAGACUUGGACUGCUGGCAGCUGGGUAUGUACAGAUCUGGUUUAUCCCACCACCCUAUCCAAGGAAUCCUGUUAUCAGCCUCUCAUGUUCUAGUUCACAUGACCUAAUAACCUUUUAGCAAAGUGCAUUAUAAAAAUCUAGCCUGAAGGUUUAAUGAACGGCUCCGGGCUUAAUAUAUUCCCUGUUAAUGCAACAUUUCAACCAAAGAUUUUGUUCCUGCAUAUACGUCAUCUCUUCCAACUGCAUUUGAACACCUACAAAAACGUAAGGGACAGCAAGACAUCUCUCCUCCUGAUGUUAUUAAAAGCACCCUUUGAACUUGAACCUAUUUGGCAAUGGGGAGAAAUUGCUAGGCCCUUUGUCUUAACAUGCAAAUCCUAUUCAUACGAUACGCAAAACAAAAUGCACAUUUCCACGGCUCCAAUGCUGUAAGAAAACCUAACAGAAUACAAACACAGUCUAUUAGGCCACACAGGUUGUAAAAAGAGCCCUCGCUGGAAGUAGUAUGUAUGCGUUUUGUGUUUUUAAAAAACCACAAACGGGUGCGGGAAUGUGAUGAACUCACGGCUAGGAAUAGAGAGAGAAGCAGACUGAAACCAAACAUCAUUAAUGUUUGAGAAUGAACCUGAAAAUAACGUAUUAGGAGUGUUUCCUCCUGUUUAAACUGAAGGGAGCUCAUUGCAAGCACUCCAGUCUUGAAACACUGUCGCUUAUCUUACUCUACCAAUUACAAGUUACGGAGCUAAAUUCUAACAGAAACAUAACCCUGAGACUUGAAUGGAUGUUUUCCAUCCCUUUUCUCUGUAACUUUACUUGCUGCAAACAGAACUUUUUUUUUGCUGGGGAACAUAACACGCACAUCAUUAGUGGGACAGUGGUUUAUUUUAAAAAUAUUAUACUGCAUUGAACACUCAUGGCUUUCCCUCUCCAAAGACAUAUGAACAAUUUCAAAAUAAAUUAAUAGUCGCUUGAGACAUCUUCCUCUCCUUCACCAGCCACCCCCCACAGCCAUCCAGAUGGGUCUUAAAUGAAAAGAUGUCAUCGGUAGAAGAUGCUUUCCAAUUGGAUCACUGAAGUUCAGCUCCAGAUAAACUCAGAAAUUGGGAAGGGCGGGGGGUGCGUGGGAUUGGAAAGCAUUUUUGAAGCGUGAACAGGGCGGGACAUAAUCUACUUUCUCUCCUCCUACCCCAAACCUGUUGGAGAAACAGCAAAGGACAAGGGCCGGGGGACGGUCAAAUUAGAAUGGAAGAUGCUUUGGAUGAGAUACGAAAGGAAAAACAGAUUGUUUUCAUCAAGCAUUACCCC